AUGAAAGCACACACACAACUGGAUGAACAAGCCGAGGCCUGGCUCUCAGCGCCUCCCGUGCUCAGCGAGACUCCCAUCGUCGCCGAACUCGAAUCUAUCAGCCUUCGCAUUCAGUACUUCUUCCUCGUAUGGGCUGUCAAGAUCGCCAUUACUCUACAAUUGGCGUACCUGCGAAUCUUCAAGCCUACUUCUGAGACGCAACCGACAUUCGUCAAGACUUAUUCAUGCCGACCAAAGCUUCCGGUCCGGGUGUUCUUGCCAAAAUCUCACCGUGAAGGAAGCAAGACGGCCCUUCCGCUGUACAUCGACAUUCACGGAGGAGGAUUCGUAACAUGCGAUGCAUCUAUUGACGACCCCUUCUGCAAAUCAUGGUGUGAGCGGACCGGAAUGGUGGUUGUAAGCUUGAAUUACAGGAAGGCACCAGUUCAUCAAUUUCCUGUUCCUACCCUCGACAUCGCAGCGAUCGCACGUGCAGUCAUUGACGACGAGACUCUGGACAUCGACAAAUCCAGGGUGGUCAUGGGUGGCUUUAGUGCUGGCGGCUCACUGGCACUAACCUCGUGCCAACUGCCUGAGCUACAAGGUUUGAUCAGAGCAGCAGUGUCGUAUUAUCCCCCGGUUGACUGGAGUCAUCCUCCUCCCGUCAAGUGGGCCCAUCGUUUGUGUACGGAGAAGAAGACGGAAUCACUCAAUACAGUCGGCCCAGCUCUGAACUGGGCCUAUGUACCUACGAAUCAGGACAGGACGGAAAAGCUGCUCAGUCCGACUUACGCGACUAAACAAGAACUUCCUAAGUGGGUCUGUAUGAUUGCAGCUCAGCAUGACAUGUUAUGUCGUGAGGCUCGUAACAUGAUCUAUUCGCUCGCCGAUAAAGAGGUUCCCGAGUCUGGUUGGGAGCAGGGAUGGGAGCGUGGCACGUAUAAGUGGCUGCUUGCCGAAGGUGUCAGACACGGUUUCACGGACGAGUUUGGCAGGAAGCAAGGUCGGAGCCAAGACGCUCGAAGACAGGUCUGCGAGGCCGUAUACGCAUCUGUACACGACUGGCUAGAGACGAAAGUAUUUGUAGAAUAG